CUCUUUUUUAACUUGAUAUAUUAUUCAAUCACCUUUUCUUUUAACUCUGCCUAUUUAUUAACCGUUCUGUGGGGUUUUCAGAGUCUUGUUGGCGUCGAGAGUUCUAUAUUUGCCGCCUGCUCGUCCGUCGCGCUGAUUCCCCGCUGCCUGAUUUCUGGAUGUCUGCUAUAUUCUUCAUGGUUGAGGUGGAUGAAUUUUAGAUAGCAACUUUUGACCACAUAAACCAACCUGUUGGUCCUUACUUCAGUGUCUACAGAAUUUUAGUCUACUUAGCCCAUCUUGCAGAUUGGCGGCAGAUGGGAGAGCUUAGCCCUCAUGUCUUCUCCGCAAAGGCCAGGCAAGGCUGCCCCCCGGCUUCUGCAAGAUAUCCAGGGCUACGAUCCAGCCCAUCCUCCUGGAACUGGCCGCAAUCUGCUUUCAGAAGUUCCUCCUGUGUUCUCUGAAGAUUACAACGGUCCGCUAAAUUUUAUAUCGCCAGAUGCGUGUCGCCAUCACUAUGUUACCAAGAAAGAUCAAAGCGCUCUAUCCCAACUGGAGCAAGGAUGGAGUACAGGGGCCUCCUCUAAGGUAUCAGCUAUGUGCACCAAAUGCCGGUACCAUCUACAGGUAGUUCUCAGCUACGCAAACGGGCCCAACCAGCAUGAUGGGAAUCUACCAGGUCACAUACAUCAUUUGAUAUACAAGUCAGGGAGACCAUCAGGUGGCGAGGAUGAAGUGACAUCGAAAGGACAGAAGGCAGAAACGUUCCAUUACCAAUGCUCAUUCCUUACAUGCUCCGCGACGGUAUCUAUACGAGUUGUUUCGCCCAUCCUCAACCCUGAUUUUGUGCAUAUCUUAACCGAUCCAGACCGACUGCGAGAGCGAGCAGAUGAAGCCAUUGCAGCGCAUCCAGAGCGGUUGGAAGGCGUUGCUCGGCCGCAGCCUAUAAACGUGCUGGAGAAUUUACGCACAUAUGUCAGUAACGCGCUUUAUAAUAGCCCAAGAAGCAAAGCGAUAUCUGCUGUCAACAAGAGAUUUAUGGUAUGUUUUGGCAUUGCAGGAGAGCCUUGUAAAGACUUGUUACAGUUCCUAGAGUUCAGAGCGAAGGAUGAUGGAUUCUGGCAACCUCCUCAACCUUCGAUGUCAACAGAAUCGCCAUACACUGAUAACCUAAAGAUCUUCCUUGAUGAUGUCGUCUAUGAACUGUCGGCACUCAUGGAACAACGGCCACUAUCAGAAAAAAGGAGUAUUCAGUUUCAGUUCUUAUCUCGUCCAGCCUUUGAAGAUAUCGCCCGCGUCCUUGAAGCGUUGAAUUAUCCGAUUGCACCGCGGUCAAAAGAUUUUGAAAUGCCACCUGCACCGUAUUACGAGGACUUAGGUGUCGUUGAAGACAUGUCGUCGUCUUUGAUUGUUGAAGCGUUUAAUCGACAAGUAUCUGUGGAUCCUGCAAGAACAUCGCUAUAUCUGAAGUGUCUAAAGUCCAUUGGUAACCUGAGAGGUGGCGAGGAUGAAGAAAUCAUAGAUCGAGCUGUCCAAGUCGCAUAUGCGGAGGGGAAAUAUACCCACGAGGACGUCGUCGACGCAUACAGAUCCUUUGGAUUGAAUCAAGAAGACCGCAUCCUUACCGACGACGAUAUAAUUGGGAAAUUUUACGAAUCUCUUAGUACUGCCAGUUCUCUGGAGGAAACAGAGAUUCGAAGACAACUAUGGAGAAUAGGUGAUAGUAGACGGAGCGAGCACAUUAAAUCUGUCGCGGAAGAAAGGGUAUCAACGGCCGAACAAGCCCAAGUUUUUCUCGGUGUCGAUGAGAAAACGUCGGACGAUUUUAUCAUCACUAUGUACACAGCAAAGAUCAACGAUAAUCCAUCCAGCAAAAGCCUUGCGCGACGUGCGGUUGAGCUUAUAGCAAAGGCCCGAAAGUCAGAUAGCCUCAGCCAUUUUCUCAAAACUGGCGAGACAGGCAUUGGAGAAAUGGAUGUCGGCGAUGCCUACCGUCUUCUUCAAAUACCUGAUCGGACUGUAGAUGAUGCAGCAAUCGUCGCCGCAUAUACGAUUUGCGUGGAUGAAGCCCCAGGAAGACGCGAAACAUACGAUCGUGCCCUAAGCAUAAUUGCGAAAGAGAUGAAUAGUCCAAUGCUAAUGUCCAUGGUGGGCAUUACCUCGCAACCCGAUCGUGAUCUGUCAGAAUGGCCCGUUGGUUUGCAGAAUAUAGGCAAUACUUGCUACCUUAACAGCUUAUUGCAGUUCUAUUUCUCGGUUCGCCCUUUUCGGGACAUGGUUCUGGAUUUUGAGAGUUUCAAAAUGGACAUGGAUGAUGAGAGCCUUGCCAAUAAGAAGGUGGGUUCUCGUAAGGUCCUGAAAAACGAGGUCGAACGUUCGCAGAAAUUUCUCAGGGAGUUGCGGGUUUUGUUUCAGGACAUGAUUCUUUCGCCCCGGGCUUCUGUCACACCGGGACAAGAGCUAGCACGGCUGACCCUCAUCAGCCCGACAAAUGAAGCAGCGAUUCGCCGCAGGUCGACUAUAUCGGCAAAUAGGCAGGGCAGCCUUGGUGAAAUAAAUGGAGUGCCUAUUAUGGGACCCCUUGGCCCCCCGCAAACUGUUGCCGACGAAGAAACUAGGCAGGAAAAUGAUGAAUCUGUGGCUUCUGCUGCGGAAAAUCCGCAUUAUGCAAAAGGCACAGCUCCUAGUGAUGUGGAUAGCGAAGCUACCCUUGUAUCCGAAGGCGCCAGGGCCGAUCUGCCGACUGCGCAAUCUAAUGACAAGGAGAAUGAACCUCCUCCUCUCCCUCCUCGGGAUGAGGUCAUGGCUGAGCAGUCGAGUGAUAUGGCCACUGAUUCUGGCCCUGGUACAGCUUCUGAGCCUCCUACGUAUUCUAAUCCAAUAGGCCCCCCUAAUCGACCACCGCCGGUGCCUCCACGACCCUCUGAGCAAGCUGACUACCAAAAGCAAUUGCUAGAGGAGGUUGAGAUCGGUGCACAGCAAGAUGUGACGGAGGUGAUUAACAAUGUUCUAUUUCAAAGUCAAUGCGCUGUCAAGCCUAUGGGCUUUGAAUCGGAUGGCGAGCAGAUCGAUCCAAUAAAAGAUCUAUUUUACGGGAAGACGAAGUCUUACAUAUCUGCAAAAGGAGCUGUACGGUCAAAAGAAGAAAGGUGGUCUGACAUAAAAGUCGACGUUGCGACGGGUUCCCGCGACAUCUAUUCGGCUAUAGACGGUGCAUUCGACGUUCAGAAAAUUAAUGUCGAUAACUCCGUGGCAGAACAGUUUGGUUCUAUCAGCAAGCUUCCUCCAAUUCUUCAGAUUCAAAUACAACGCGUCCAGUUCGAUCCAGUGAAGAAGAGGUCUUUCAAAUCGACUCAUCAUCUGGAACUUUUAGAAACUAUUUAUCUUGACCGGUACAUGGACACGCAGUAUCCAGACAUCAUGAACCGACGGCGACAGUGCUGGGAGUGGAAGGAUGCCCUAAAGUUGCUUGAAGCUCGCCGAGCGGAAUUACUACGUCAAAAUGAAAAUGAUGGCCUUGAUAUGGCGGCGAUUUUUGAUAGCGCGAAGGAUGUGCUUAAGAGCCUUGACGCGAUGAAGGGGGACCCCGAGAUUGCGAAAGAUGCCAUCUAUUUUGAUCCGCAAGCGUUGAGCGAACUUGAAGAGCUUUCGAGGGCAUCAAGAACGGAACUGUCUUGUAUGAUUGUGUUGAUCGUCCUCGUUAUUAUAUAUAUAGCUUCUUGCGGAAUCUGCCAGACUUCCAGGCGUGCUAACUCAUCCUUCAGAUGUCGAGCAGAGUAUUAGGGAUACACGAACGAUGAUAUCUACUCAGUUUUCUGACUACCGACAUCUUCCAUAUCGUCUGUAUGCGGUCUUCGUACACCACGGGACUGUCGAGUUCGGUCAUUACUACAUCUAUAUCUACGAUUUCAAGAAGGAUGUGUGGCGCAAAUACAACGAUAGCGAGGUCAGCGAGGUGCAAGACCCGGACGAGAUCUUUAGACACUAUGAUGAUCUGAACCCUCCAACGCCGUAUUUCUUGGUCUACGUCAACAAUUCAAUCAAGAAUCGUCUGGUUGACCCAGUCUGCCGCGAGCCUUCACCGCUAGUGAACGAGACGGGCCAUUCGGCAGGAACAAGUACCUUUACGGAAGGAGUCCCAAUUGCAGGGGAGAUGGAUGUUGAUCCGCCCUCGUAUGAGGAGGUGUGGACAGGCAUUGGGCCACCAGGUACGGGAGCCGAUUUCACCCUGGCCAAAGAGAAAGAAGUCACUUAUGCAAAAGGCAACGAUGCAGCUGCAAAGUGGCACGCGAACAGUGGAGCUGACCAGCAUGACGUGCAAUGGUAGACCCGGAGAAAAUGCGGUCAACGUCGUCGACAACGGUGAACCCUCUGAAGCGCAAGGGUUUGGAUGAUAUGAUGGGACAGUAGCCAUGGUCUUUCUUGCCUUGCAUUCUGGGAUGCUUGCAGGGAUUACGGGCAGAGUAUCCUCUGUGUCUCUGGGAAUUUGUCUCUCGGAUCUUCUCUGUAAAGGGAGGACCUGUGUGAAUGGCCUUUCUAGUUAUUUUUGGUGUUUCCUGGUAUGGCAUCCCCUGUACAUACUUAAACCACCGCCCCUUCCCUGCUCAUGGCCGAGAGGUAUACUGCAUGUACCAAUCUGGUUGUAUCUAGAAGAACCCUAUCGGAGCUCAAAAGCUCAUACAUUCAAGGUAACUAGCCAAUAAUACCCGAGAGAUCAUCUCAGGAUCGUCAAGCACAGGCAGAGAGAGGCCCCGGUGGUACAUAGUCAUGGAAUUUGCACAGCAGUCUGAAAAGUGAAUUUGGCUCAAGUCUGCGCUCUCUCAGCUUAGGUCUUGCUAGGGUUGUAGGUUUGCAAUCUCAUUCAUAAUUGUUAACGGAAAAUAUCUGUUUGAGAGAGUUUAGGAUUAAAUAAGCUCCAAGAAUGCC